GCGGAAGUGCCGUAGGGCGGAAGUGACGUCGCGGGCGCCGUGGCAACGGCGGGGCGAGCGGCGGCGGGAUGAACGCGCCUCCGGCCUUCGAGUCCUUCUUGCUCUUCGAGGGCGAGAAGAAGAUCACCAUCAACAAGGACACGAAGGUGCCCAACGCCUGCCUGUUCACCAUCAACAAGGAGGACCACACGCUGGGGAACAUCAUCAAGUCGCAGUUACUGAAAGACCCCCAGGUGUUAUUUGCAGGGUACAAGGUCCCGCACCCACUGGAACACAAAAUUAUCAUCCGCGUCCAAACCACCCCUGAUUACAGCCCCCAGGAAGCUUUCACCAAUGCCAUCACGGAUUUGAUCAGUGAGCUCUCCCUCCUGGAGGAGAGGUUCAGGGUUGCCAUUAAAGACAAACAAGAAGGAAUUGAGUAAAAUCACCCCAUUUAGAGCAAACUGUACUUCUGAGGCAGCGACGUAUCUCUCAGUUGAAUGCUACAUUUAAACCUUUCUUCAUGGCAAAUUAUUUUCCCCCUUGUCCCACUUUAUGUUUAAUUUCUGACAGCAGCAGUGAUACUUUGAGGUUUGGUUUUGUGUGGUUUUUUUAUGCCAGACAGGCACUUUGCCAAGAGGAUGUAUGUCUUGUUUGACUUGACAGAUAAGUCAUUAAAAUGAUUUCUACUUUUCUAAUUGGAGCCUUAAGGUGAACAUUUGUACUGGGCUGCUGGUGAGUUUAUUGUGAGUGUUCUUCCAGAAUAAGAAGGUACUGAGUGAUAGCAGUAGAUGAACUUUCUGCUUUUCCUUUUCAAAAAGUCUAGGCACUGCCAAUGGAACUGGUAUUUUGUUUUAUUAUGUGUCAUUUCUAUAAAAUAAAUGCACACAUUGUGUAAACUUACAGUAAAAGAAACCAGAUGUUUACAAUGA